AUGAAGGCUGGUCGGAAACCUGUUCCCUUGGAAACAGUUGAAGCAAUCAGGCACUUUUAUGAAGAAAAUUCAAACCAGUUGCCGGACAAAAAGCUGGUCAGCAAAAAGAGCCUUAAACCAAGACAUGUUAUGGAUGUUACCAUAUCUAACUUGUAUAAGGAGUACACAAAGCAGUUUCCAGACAAGCCUGUGUGCUGCUCUGCUUUCUACAAGCUACGGCCAAAGCAUGUGAGAUACAAAAGUCAAGCGAAAUAUGUCGGAUGUCUAUGCGAGUAUUGUGAAAAUGUUCAGCUCAAAAUAGAUGCCGUAAACCAUGUUAAACCAGGAACCAUUAAGGAUGCUUACAGUCUAGUGUCACUUUCCAUGUGUAGUAAACCGUCCCAAGCUAAAUACAACCUUCCUGCAUGUAUCACUAGAACCUGCACUGAAUGUGGUGUCGAGAACCUUAACAACAUAUUGCUGGAUCUAAAUGACUCACAACAAGUUACAUGGAAGCGAUGGGAUCUCAUCGAAUCUGUCUGUUACAAGAAAGAGGCCAAAACUGUGAAGAAAAGGUCACUUGUAGAGAGAUCGGGAACUGUAAAAGAAUUGAUAGCCGAGCUUAAAGAAGAAAUUGAACCAUUUGCUGAACAUCUCUUUAACAAGGAUUGGCAACACAAACAGGAGUGUGAUCUUAAAGAAAAGUUAAAUGCUAAUGAAGUGUUAGCCAUAUAUGACUUUGCGGAGAAUUUUAAAUGUGCCUAUCAAAGGGAGGUACAGAGUGCUUACUACUCACACGAUUCAGCAACCGUACACCCAAUAGUGACCUACUAUAAGUGUAAUGAAUGCACAAAGCUUGUGACAGAAAGCUGCGUCAUUAUCAGUGAUGAUCUUGUACACGAUUACCAUCUAGUGAACAAAUUUCAGCAAAUAGUAACGUCACACUUGACUGAAGUUAGAGGAAUAACUUUAGAAACCUUCUACAGGUUUAGUGAUGGCUGCAGUGCCCAAUACAAAAGUAAAGGCCCUAUCUCGGACAUCAGUUAUGCGAUGGAAGACUACGGUUUUAAUAUUAUCCACAAUUACUCCGGGACCAGACAUGGGAAGGGGCCCAGCGACGGGGAGAGUGGUGUCAUCAAAAGACAUGCAUCAGAUGCAAUUAAAGCAGGAUCAGUGAUAAUCAACAACCCAAAGGCUCUCUUCAAGUACUUAAAGGAAAACGUGGAAAAGGGUUCCGAUGAAGGAAACUGCUGUUCACCAUUUCGCCGCUCUAUACAUUUUGUUGCUUCUCAAGAUGUAGACCGAGAACGCCAAGAUAGAGAAAUUUCAACUGUACCAGGAACUAGGAAAUUGCACAGCAUAAUGAAUGUCUCUGGAGGCAUAGUGGCAACUCGAAAUUUAUCCUGUUUCUGUGAUGGGUGCCUGCGAGGUAUUGGUGAAUGUGUAAAUGGCAUGUAUGUUAAAAUCUGGAAACAAGUUGAUUUAGGAGGGAAAUGCAGUACCAAUGACAAGCGAGUGAAAUCCAAGAAAGCAAACGCCAACACCAUCCACGUGGAUGUUGCGCAGCACCCCGACAAAGCAGCAGAUGUUUCUUCAAAUAGUGACACCGCCAACCAGAGUGAACUUGCUGUAGAUGUAGCAUCAGAGAAUUUAAUGGACAAGACACAAUUAGAUGACAUAAAAGCAAAUGAUUUCGUGGCUGUGAAGUUUGCAGAAAUGAUCAAGAACGGAAAACCAUGUGUCUAUAUGGCGAUGGUUACUGAUGUACACGAAAACUGCCAAAUUCAGUUGAAGUUCAUGCGGAGAGUCCAGUCAUGUUUCUAUGACUUUACGUCUGAGCGUCAGGCAACUCAUCCCUCCAGUGAUAUAAUUAAAAUUAUGACAGAGCCAUCCAUUGAACAAGUCAACAGGAGAUCGUACCUUUACCGAUAUGACGACAAGGAAAUUGAUGUUCUCUCAUAUCAGUUUGAAAUGCGAUAAAUAGAAUGGGAAAAAAAUGAACUGCAUGCACAGUCCCCAGGACCUGCACAUAAGUGUUACUAACUAACUAAAUAUUAAAGUCCAUUUUAUGUAUAUUUUUGGACUGAAUUUAUAAUAAUUUUUUAGGGUGCAGGUUUCGAUCCCUAUAACUUGUUAGGAGACCAUUUGUGUCCGGGACCUACUGUGAAUAUGACCACAGCAAAGCUUUUGCUUUCUUCAGCUGGGAAACACAAAUUUAGUCUCAAACGCAACUAUAAAAUGCAACUCAUGAACUGUUAGUUUAAAAAUGUAAUUGAAAUGUAAAACAAAA